GCAGCGGGAGGCCAGAAAGAGAAGUGAGAGCGGAGAGAUAUAGCCGAGAUACCAAGGCAGGACAUCUUCGUCAAAGGAAGGAAAGAGCGGAGCAGGAAAGGAGGAAGAGAAAGGGCUGAAAUAGUGGAGCGAGCUAUCCACAGAGUUCAGUUUCACACAGAGCCAGAGGAGAUUCUACAGGUGGACAUGAAAACUAGAUGAACAAAACAUAUAGCAGCAAUUACAGACUGGAAUAAGCAUCUUGGCCAGUGUUAAGGAUUAAUUGUGGAAAGGAAAUUAUAUAACAAGUAAAGGAAAUCUUUCUGCAGGAGGAAAGGUGGUGUUUGAGGCAACGGACGGGCAACUUUAUUACUCUAUUCCAAAACUACAUUUUCAUAUCCGAAAGACUGAUGAACGGCAAGAUGAGUCUUUCCCGUAACGGUACCCUGGAGAAACCCGUGUCCCUGCAGACCUCCACGGACCGAGGGGAGCUCGAUUCUCCUCACCCGCGCCUCCAUCACACCGGCUCCAUCUCCUCCAGUACUCCAGCAAACAUGUCCAGCUCAGGUGUGGUGGUUCCUCCUCCGUACUCGAUAGCGGGCAGUGCGGUGAACGAGUCUCCUCUGGAGCUGAGGGGGUCUCUGGACUGUUGGGCCUGCUCUGUUCUGGUAACAGCACAGAAUCUGAUCAUCGCCGCGCUCAAUGUGGGUCUGGCCGCGUUUAUCUUCGGCCUCAUCCUCUUGCCGUCGCUAGUCAUGGUUGUUUUUGGCUUCCUCUGCCAUUCAACGGUUCAGCGCCACGGUACGUCCGUCUACUGUUCGGAUCUCUUGGACGAUGGAGGCUGUGUGGCUUUACUGGUGGUGGGGUUCCUGCUGCUGGCUCCGCUCCUGGUCCUGGCUCUGGCCGCUUACUGCAGAAUGGCACGCCACCUCCAGCUGGGCCUGUGCUUCAUCCCUUACAGCCGUGCCGUCUACAAGAACCUGCCUGCCUCGCGUCAUCGAGGCCUGGGGGGCUGCUGUGGCCAACAGGGGGCAGGGGAGAGCGAGGGAAAGGGUAGCGUGUGGGUUUGAGCGGCCUAAAAAAAAGUUCAAUGUGAAUAGCCAUAGCAAUAGGUCACAUACAAACAACCACAUAGUGCCAAUAUGUCAAUACAAGCAGUGCCAUGUUUUAGCAGUUUUACAAAUUGUGCAUUUAUUCAACAUCAGGCUCUUUUUAGCUGUUUUUUAAAACCGGAUCACCUAGAGACCUUAGUCUCAUUUCAUUUUUAAAUGGAAUGAAAACAAAGCUACAAGGGAUAGAAAGACAUUGUGUUCAAUGGCUUUUGGUCUUGUUUAACAACAUAGUUCGGCUGAGAAAAUUUGAGAAAAUUCUUUUUUUGGCAGAGAGGAUGUGAAAAUUAAAAAAAAAGUAAAAGUAAAGGUUCUUUAUUGCCAUUAAACUAUAGAACCUUUUCAUUCCACGAAAGGUUCUUUACAGUGGAAAAAAGUUUUUUUGUUUUUAAAUGAUUCAAAUUUCCUUCACACUUACAAAAAAUCAUACUUCUAAGAACUGGUCACUAAA